AUUGUCUUGCAUGUUACCCGAGCGGCCCGAAGCCUUCUCGAUCGAUCAGCUUUUAAAAAUCUACCAUAUCUAGUAUUUAACUUAGGUCUUUUCUUUGGAAUUAUGGGCUUCUACAUUAUCUUGAAUUACAUCGAACUUCUGGCAUUGGCGAGAACCAGCAUCACACCUAGUUUGGCCAACUACUUGCUUGUGAUCAUCAAUGCAGCAUCGCUACCUGGUCGCCUCGUACCAGGUUACUAUGCAGAUCAUAUUGGGAGUAUUAAUGUGCAGAUAACCGUGAUAUGUGCAAGUGUAGUGCUAACCUUCAGCCUCCUUACUAUUCGCACCUCCGCUGCCUUGUUCGUUUUUAGUGUGCUAUACGGCUUUAUGACCGGCGCUUUCAUGGGGCUGCCCGCCGCCGGUAUUGCUAGUCUCUCGCCUGAUAAGAGCAAAAUUGGUACACGCCUGGGCAUGACACUAUCAUUCGUGGGGUUUGGGCUGCUCGUUAGCAAUCCUAUCGCCGGCGCUAUCUUAGGCAGUGAGGGGAAUUGGGUCGGCUUAAUCGUAUGGUGUGGUGUGCUACUAACAGCUUCUGGUGUAUGUCUCGUGGCGAGUCGAAUUCUUAAGGUUGGGCCAGAAUUAACCAGCGUGAUCUAGCAUUGUUGAUAUUGAG